AUGUUUCUUCUGCUUCUCAGAGUUGUGGGAAGAGUGGCUUUCUCUGGGAAGCAUCAAUGGAUAUUUGCUCCGCGAUCUCAAGGAGUCCCGGGCAUGGAUUCUCGCCCGGGAUUUUCGUCCAUGAAGGGAUACGGGGGCUGCACGGGUGUCGACAAGUAUCCAUCUGGAUGGGAUGAUCAAUUUGCUGCUGGAGUGAAGACUAUUGCCAUCAUCGCCGUUCCGGAGGGAGUCUUACAACUCGGUUCCAGUCGAUCGAUGCCAGAGGAUUUGAAAUUCGUUUCUCACAUCCGCUCGCUCUUCGCGGCGCUUCAAACAGUCCCCGGAGCGUUUCUAUCCGAUCUCUUCACCGACAAUGCCCUGAAAGCGAAAUCUUUUCCCACGCCUGACGCAACCGCGCUUGCAGCCGCCGGAUUCCCUCCCGACAUCGCCGCGUCUCUUGGCAAUCCCAACCCGCAGUCCGAUUUCCUCGGCGUCUCCUUCCCCGGAGCUCUCAACCGUCGUUCACUGGCCGCCUCCUCGCCGUCGGAUCUCUUCAGCAUUCUCGGCAUCCCAUCCGACUGUCGUGCCGACGACCAGAACGCUUCUCGGUUCAUGGGCUCCGCGGCUUUGAAGCCGCCAGCGGACCCGAAGCAAGAAGCAGCGUCGCUGACCGAUUACUCGAGCACGGCAAAGCGAGCGAAGGUCGCUCCGGAGAGGACGACUCGAGCGUCCGUCGCCAUUAACCAGAUUCAGCUGAAUUUCUUCGACUCGGACCUCCCUCUCAGCGGUCCGACUCUUCCCUCCAACUCGCUGAAUCACAGCCCUGUGGAGCACACAUCGCUGUCGUCCAGGCAAUCGCCUCCGACCGAAGCUUCCGCGCACGUGCUCGGCCCGUCUGGCGAGCUGCUGGGAAGAGCAGAGGCGGCCGCGGGAGCGGGAGCGGCGAAGCGGAAGGCGGUGGUGGAUCUGGAGAAGGAGCUGCGCAUCUUCCACGACCAGUUCCUCAACGACCAAUCGCUGUCCCUCGCCAACCUCCCCUCCAGGAGCUCCGCCGCGCAGAAGCCCAUGGCGGCGGGGAUUGGUUCUGCGUCCGAGCGCGCGCCUGCGCGGAGAAGCCUUGGUGUUGCCGGCGCUUUUUCGGGUCUGGACGAGCAGCUGCUCGCGGGCAUGACUGCUAGCGGCAUGACUGCGAGCGGCAUGACUGGGAGCGGCAUGGCUGGCAAUCGGAACGGGAACGCUGCUGCGCGGGCGUCUCAGUUCAACAGCACCGGCGGUGAAGCGCUGGGGGGUUCCUCCGCGUUUGGCGGCGCAGAUGAGCUCGCGCAGGCCCUGGGGUUGCACUUCACAGGGCAACUGCCCGUUGACUUGGCUGACCUCGCUGACCUGGCAAAUCUGGCGGACAUUGGCGCGAAUCAAGGCUCUGCCAACGGUCAGAUGGGAAGCGCAAUGAGCCGCGGCGCGUUCGACCAGGCAGGGGCUGUUGGAGGCGCCAGGUGCGGUGCUGAUGCCAGUGCGUCGAGGGGAGGGUUCUCCAUGACUUCGGGGCUGCCGCAACCACAAGAGCUGCAGCACAGGGCUGGAGUGGCCCCUGCUGUCGGUAGUGCUCUUGGUUUUGACGAACUGAGUGCGUCAUUGAGCAGGGCAGGCGCAGUGAACGGCGCUGUGGGGGCGGGGGCGCAAGCAGGAGCGGGGAUGGGGAACAGCCUGGCGGAAAUGGAACGAAUGGCGACCCUGGAAGCUCUCAUGCGGACGUCUGGGUUGCUGCCUCGCCUGAGCCUGGCUGAGCUGCAGCAAAGCCAGGUCCGCAGCACUCACAAUCCCGUGGCCGGAGCUGCUUCUGCAGCAGCGGAAGCGGCCAGUGCUGGUAUGGCGUCAGGCGCUAAGCUUGGGAGUCUGCCUGGGCUUCAGAGCAGGGCUAGCGUUGUUGCGAAGGCUGCGGGGGAUAGCGGAAGAGGUAUGAGAAGCGUGGAGCCCAGUGGGAAGGGCGUGUUCAAGUCUGAGGCUGCGUUCAAGGCCUUGCCAGAUCGAUCGGCAAACUCCGGCGUGCAGGAGCUCGGUGUGCCAGAGCUAUGUGGUGGUGGUGGUGGUGCUGCUGCUGCUGCUGGGAAGGAUGAGAAGAAGGGGACGAAGAAGAGGGGGAGGGAGGAGAAGCCGAAGCAGAGGCCUCGUGAUAGGCAGCUGAUUCAAGAUCGCGUGAAGGAUCUGCGAGGGAUAGUUCCUAACUCUGAAAGGUGCAAGCAACCUGUGGAGCGCAUGGACAUCAUGUGGCAUGUUCUCCAGCACCUGAAGGAUAAGCUGCCAGAUAUGGCCAAUGUGUUUUCUGGGACUGAGAAGCCGAUGGAGGCAGGGAAGGUAGAUCCUGUCUUUGAUCCGGCAGAUUCGUGCUGUCAAGUGGUGUAUUAA